AUGACCUCCGUGAUGGACAUGCUGAUGAAGAAUGUGAGUGCGCAGGAGAUGGCGCGAGCCAGGCGGGCCAGCCAGCAGGUGGCGCAAGCUCCGGGGGAGCCUGCCACCAGCGCUGGGCCGCCGGCCGAAGACGACGCUGUCUCUGAGGCCCCACUUGCUUCAGAGAAGGGCGAUGCGAAACUGCCCGCCCUGCCACCGGGUGUCCACCGAUUCAUGAAACAGACCCGGGCAAACCUGGACAAGAGCACCUACCGGAGAUUUCAAGCGGUGCAUUGGGGUGAGGCAAGGGAUGCGGUGGCGAUCGCCUGGAAGGAAGAGGCAGAGAGAAUUCUCUGCGAUUUCGAGUUGAAAUCAUCCAAAGACGCACUUGCCUUCCUGCAGAGCAUGGACUUGUCCGUUGCCUCUUCAGCUACGAUUGAAGCAAAACGCUGUCUCUUGGUGGAGUCGCUGCAGAACGGCCGCAUUCAGCAGGUGGAAGACCGGCUGUGCCUGGUUGCCCUCAAGACACUCGCCCACCUAGAUGAAGUUCCUUCUGGCUUCAAUUUGCGAAGCCGUCCUGACGGCUUCCACGCCGAAUGGAGUGGGAAGAAGGGAAUGCUGCUCAAGGUGCACAAAUCCGCUGCUGCAGCCUGUGCUUUCUUGCAGAGUAUGCAAGCUGCUGAGCAGAGCGGGGCGGUGGAGAAGUCGCUCAAGGAGCUGGAAAAUCAAGGCUCAGCAGCAGGGGAGUCGCAGAAAGCUAUCCGGGCACUGCUGAAGCAUUCGAGCUCGCAAGAACUGGGCCAAGCCGUGCUGGAACUAGCCGAUGCUGAGACUGAGACGCCUGCCGUGCUUGCAACUGCCGAAGACAUUACGGCGGAGUUCCUAGCACCCAUGUCGCAGAUGGGGCCGGAGCUGUGUGUCGCCGAGGUUGGCGUGUACAAGGGAAUGCUGAGGUAUCUGCAUUCUGCGACCGACCCUCGCGGCCUCCUGGCUGCCACUUCCGAUCUUGUCUGCCGGGACUUGAUCUUGAGUUCUGGGACGCCCCUGCGGGACGUGCUGAAGACACCCGAGCUGCAGGAACGCUGGAAGGCUCUCGACGUGAAACCAGUGGGCAUGGUGGUGCAAGGAGGGGCGUCGCCGCAGCAGCAUCACGAAGAUCUGGAGAUCCUGCGCCAGGCAAAUCCGUCCGCCGAGCAGCUGCUGUUUAUGUCCUUCCCCGGGCCUAUUUCAUGGCAGGUGCAAUUCAACAACGGUCUCCAGUGCUGUAGAGCGGAGCCGAACUCCCACGUGGGUCGGAGAGCGGGUAGGACCAGCUUCACAGCAGCCAGACUGGAACAGCUGGGCGUCACGUUCGAGGACGAAGCACGGGCACUGGCACUGAGGGCCAUCCAAGCCACCACGGAAGCAGGGAUGCAGCGGGUUGAGAGACGCACCCAAGCCCAGAUCAUACCCGUGCCUCCUGAUGGACUUUGCUGCUACCAUGCCCUGAUUGCCGGCCUCGCCUGUGCCAGAUACCUGCGCGGCAUAGACCGAACGUCGUUGGGCUUCGCCAGGAACAGUCGGCAACAGCGGCUGGAAGCAGGGGCGGCUUACGCACUCCGGAACCUGGCGCUGGAGGCAACAGCCGACCUGGAAUUUCCGGAGUGGCUGGCGCGGCUCGCCCACAACGCCGCCCAGCAGAUGCCUGUGGACGUGCAAGAGCUGCACUGGCUUGCACGUUCGCUGGAGCUGCGGAUACGGUGCACCGUGGACGCAGAGGUGCUGCAGUGGGUUGUCGGCAUCAACGAGGAUGCCAUCUAUGGGGAUUGUACCGACGACACCUAUGACGUCCAUGUGUACUUCCGCUGUCUCACAGGCGAGGACGGCAGACGAUGCAGCCACUUUGAUCUUCUUCUCCCGUAUUCCGAAGGCGAUGAGCAGAUCGGAAUGGUGAUCCCCGUGCCGCCUACAGUGAAGCCCGCCCCUGUUUGUGAAAUGUACAAUGAUCGCUUUCCUGGCCAGCAGAUGGAACCGAUGAACGACAAGCCUGAGGAGCAGAAUCAGGAGAACGUUUUGCAGGGGGAUGAAGUUGAGACGAUGGCCCCGCAGAUCACGGAGGAGCAGAAGGACAAACAGGCCGAGUCCCAGGAGCAGAGAGGGGAGCAGAUAAAGGAGGGAACGGCCAACAGCGAGUCCCCGGAACAGGGCGAGGAGCCGCCGAUGCCUGCGGAGACCCCGAAGCUACUGACGGAGAAUCGCCAGGAUGAGAAUGCAGAGAAAAAGGAGGAGGACACUGAGACCAAAGGUGAGGCCAAGAACGAGCUCCCGCAGCAGAGGCAGAAUCAGCAGGUGGACAUCCCAGACAAGAAUAUGGAUGAGGCAGGUGAGACCAGUCAUCAGGGGCUUGAACAGCAGCAAGAGCAGGCUGACAAGCAGUUGCAUGAUGAGCAGAGGGAAGUUGAGGAACUGGAGGAAGAGGACAAGGGCGAGGGAGGGGAGGAGCAUCAGGAAAGCAACAAAGAGGAGCAGCGGCAGGAAAACAACCAGGGGCUGCAAGAAAAGAGUCAGGGAGGGAAGGAGCAGGAGCAGGAACUCAGUGAGGAAGCGGAGGCAGAUGAAAAAGGCGAGGGCGAGGAGAAGGAGCAGGAA